UGCAAGAUAUACCAAAGUGGCUAAUGCUAGUAUUCAAAACAAUUUUAUGCGACAAACCCUGUGCCGAGCGAAAGAUUACGGGCGCCGAUAGCGUAUGCGUCUGUAACCAAACCUAUUGCGAUGACUUCCCGCAGCUAACCCUCCCGAAGGCCGGCUAUGUAUUGGUCUAUGAAAGUGGCAAAAGUGGGCACAGGUUUCAAGAGACACAACUCAAACUGCAAACACAUACCAGCCCUCAGACCACCAGAUCUAAUAAAGACACGCAAACCAUAACCAUCGAUAAGAACCAGAAGUAUCAGAGUAUUAUUGGUUUCGGCGGCGCCUUCACCGAUGAGUUCGGUAUGGUUUUGAACGCCGUUCCCAAACAACUGUCCACUUAUUUGAUGGAAAGCCUGUUCAGCAAAAAUGGUAUCGAGUAUAAUAUGGGACGACUACCGGUUGCCUCCACUGACUACUCGGCCCACUAUUACACGUAUGACGAUGUGGUGAACGAUACACAGCUCACCAAAUUUGCUUUGGCUAAGGAGGACAUGGAGCUC